AUGCCGCCUGCGCAUUCCACCCCUCCACAGGCGCGUCGACGCGCUCGCAACCCAACUAUGCUGAGCGCCUUUCAUAUCACCCUCUUCGUGCCAACCAGCUCGACACUCACUCACUUGUACGACGACCAUCCUUCAACCUCAUACGAAAGUCCCUCUGUGCUUGCCACGCUGGAAGACAGGUUGCUCAAAAUCACUGCAAUCAUGACUUCCGGCUCCUCACCCGCGCCUCGAGAGGAGGGUACCCGGACGAAAAGGGUGAUUUUCAUCUCACUAUACUGUCUCAUUCUCGAAUCGAUUGCAGAUUUGGUCCUCGCUUUCUUUCUCUAUGGAAGGCAUGAGGUCGACUCGAAGAUGGCGCCAAGCAUGAUUCUCUGCAUUGUCGCGUCUUUUCUUACAAUCCCAGUGGUCUUCCUCCAAAGUCUAGUUGCCUGGCAGUACAAUAGAAUCGGAGGCUUUGGAGAACAGAAGACAGUUCUUCACAACAUCUGCACAUACGUUUAUCGAUUGGACCUGAUGAUGUGGCUGGCUGCAAGUAUUGCAGGUCUGGUCGUGGCUGCCGAGCAAGUCACAUGUCUUCCAGCUGGCUAUGAGGGUGGCUACUGGAAAGUUGGUACAAGUUGCAUUGUUCACCAAUGCGCAGUUCUUGUAUCGGUUAUUGCAUUUGUGGCCGUGUGCACCACAUACUGUUCAAGACAACUUUGCGACAGGCCAUACGACGUCUCCAUCAUUGGCAUUUACAAGCGUUCAUCCAUUACACGGGACGGCAGCCUGGUCUCCAGCACCAGCUGGAACAGCGAUGAAAGGUUGAAACACGAGAUACUGAAUCUGUGUCGACAGCAUGAUGGCAAGGCGAGCGAGGAACCGUGGGUUUUUGAUCCUCUUGCGGAUAAAGUCAACUGCCAUCCGAGCAUUCGUCAUCCAGCGCCACUCCGCCUUAGACCCCAGCUUCAUGUGAACACGAAUCCUGGCUCUGAAUACGGCGAAAUCACCUCAGGCACCACCAUAUCACCGGACAGCUCUCUAGCUCGACUCUCCCCUGGUGGGCAAACGCUUGUUGGAGAUUUUUACCCGAUGUCACGGAGUACUACUGCGACAACGUCGAAAACCGCCUGCGACGUCCAUGGGCCUGUUAAUUUUGCUGCUCCAAAAAUUCCAGAGAUUCCUGCCCAAUUCACCACAAAUCACAAGAGGGGCAAAUCGUCACUUUCAUCCCUGCGGCGAUUCCUGCCGAAAUCAUUCCCUCUGUCAUUGCCAUUGUCGUCGGAUCCUCAAAUCCUAGCUCUGGCAAACCCUGAUGCGGCCUCGGACGUUGAAAAGCAAGUAGUGACACCGUCCACAUCCAGGAAUCCGAUGGUCUUUCCCAUCUCAACCGUUACAGGAAACGCCUCUCAAGAGAAGAAAACCAACGAGUCGCCUUUGGUCUCACCGGCUUCAGGGAAAUCCACUGGAACAAAACCCGAGGGCCAUUCUCGUACGAUGACUAUGAGCUCAGCCGACGCUCCAGAGGUUGUCAUGCCCGCUGUGCAGGCCAGAACCCCUGGAUCUCAAUCUGGACAUACAGUUCAGACUGCAAUUUCCAUCCACCAUCCUCACCAUCCAAACUACGUUCCCGCUCCAGCAUCAUCUCAGCGUGCACGAGCAUACUCUUCAUCGUGCCGUCAAAACGUCGUCCCGCCCUUGUCGCAGGCUGAGCCCCCGCGCCGAGCAGGUUCACGCCCGCCUGUCGUGGUGCAACAUCCGAGUCGUCAGUCGUCGCAGUCCCGGGAACGGCGUCGGGUCUCACCAUACGGACAUACCCAGUACCAAGCCAACCGAUAUCCUCACCCUCAUUCCCAACGUCGAUCUGCCCAGCAGCCGGUCUUUGACCCUAGCCUCUCGGUGCCCAAUCUUCCCCGCCGCGGUGAUGUUGAUGUCAUUUACCCGAGUACUCGUCGUCCGCGCAGUAAUACUCACGGAGGUCUGAACACUCCCCUCAGCUGUAUCUUUGAGGCAGGCUCGAUUCCAGCGCUGCCGGUGGAUGACAUCAACCUUGGCGGAACGGGCUCAGAGAUCAGACGCAAUGUGAUCCACCAGGGGACUUAUCGUGGGACUAAUCGGACGAGUCUAGGGUUCUAUUGA